AACUCACCAGCCGGGCCGCCACUCCUGAAAGCACCCACUGUGGGAGGUGAUCACAGGACCAAUUAACCCUGUUGCAGCCACAGCAUAUAAUCAUUCCCGCUCCACGAGUUCUGCCACUGACAUGAUUACUUACACCCCCAUGCCCUUACUGAGCUGUCAGUGCCAUAGAUAGCACAUGUCCCUGCACCAUAGACAGAUGAUGCUGGCCCGGUUUAUUUUGGUUAAGGCAGUAUGGCAUCUUCUGAUGAUGGUCCUAUUGGAAUCCCCUUUCCAGACCAUGGUAGCGAUGUUCUUUGUGCCCUGAAUGGGCAACGACAGCGAGGGGAGUUAUGUGAUGUACUUCUUCUUUGCCAAGGUCGGGAUUUCCCUGCACAUCGUUCCGUCCUUGCUGCCUGUAGCCUUUACUUUCGCCAGUUAUUCACCUCAGGUCCGGCUGCUGAGCGACUGACUGUCUAUCAGUUGGACUUUGUAACCGCUGAAUCCCUCUCUGCUCUUCUUGACUUUGCUUACACAGCCACCUUAACACUGAGUGCAGGGAACGUGGGUGAGAUCUUAGAUGCCUCACGUUUGCUGGACAUUGGAGCUGUCCGGAAUGUAUGUGCUGACCUUUUGGAUGGCCCCUUCUUAGGCCAGAGAGACCCAGAGAAUUUAGGUGAUCCACAAAACUUGGCACGGGCACAGGAAUAUCUGGAGUAUUUUCAGAGCAAGACGCGGGAAGGGAGUCCUUUCAACAGCACUUGUCCACUGACUGAAGAAACGGAGCAAUCAUCCAAAUUAGAAGAGGGUUACCACCAUGCUUUACAAAGCAAUGGGUCAGAGGGGCAACAUAUGGAUGGGUGGCAAGAGAGAGACAAGGACCAAACCUGUAUCCCCUCACAUAAUGGCCAUUAUAGAUUCCUGAUAGAAGAGGAAAAUCUGGAUGGUGGACCUAAAGCGCAGGACACAGGAGGUUCCCCAUAUAUUGGAAGUGUAGCUGGAGGGCCCUGCUUGGAUGAGAUGGACAGCCUGACAGCAAGUGCUUUAUUGCAGCAUAUGAUGAGUGCUUCUCAGCGGGAGGGUGUGGGUCCAGAAGAUGGGGGUGAAGAGGGAAUUAUGGACUAUUAUUUGAAAUAUUUCCGCAGUGGCCCUCAUGAGGAGGAGGAGGAGGAAGAGGAUGGUGAAGAAGGGACAGCUAGUUACCAGGCUUGGAGUCAAAAAGUGGAGAAGAAAAUGAGGGCCAAAGCCUUUCAGAAGUGCCCAAUAUGUGAGAAAGUUAUUCAGGGAGCAGGAAAGCUGCCUCGGCACAUUCGGACUCACACCGGGGAGAAGCCAUAUGAAUGUAUUAUCUGCAAGGUCCGGUUUACCAGGCAGGACAAGCUGAAGGUUCACAUGCGAAAGCACACAGGAGAGAAGCCUUAUCUUUGCCAGCAGUGUGGUGCAGCCUUUGCACAUAACUACGACCUGAAAAAUCACACUCGUGUGCACACAGGGCUGCGUCCUUACCAGUGCCAGGCAUGCCACAAAACCUUUGUGCGUUCUGAUCAUCUGCACAGACACCUAAAGAAAGAUGGCUGCAAUGGGAUUCCCUCCCGCAGAGGGCGCAAACCCAGGAUUCGAGAAAGUGCUGCUCCUCUCCCCCCUCCUCCAGGGAAUGGCAAUGGACCUGGAGAAAUUCGAGCAGAGUGCCUGAGUGUGGUCGUUGGUGACACUUCCUAAAGAAAACCAAAAAUACACAAACUAAAAAUCUCUCUAAAUAUAUAUAUAUAUAUAUAUAUAUAUAUAUAUAUAUGAAAUUAUUAAAUAUAGUUAUAUAAAUAUCAAAGUAUAUUUGGGGUUGCCUAAUUAGCACUAUCCUUAUGGGUGGGAUGGGUUUUGAGAGUGAAUACUCAGCACAGGGGACCAGGGAGGGGAAUUGUAUUCCUUCUGUGAUUACAGGAGUUGGGAAGUGUUUGGAUAGGUUGUACUGUAUGAUGUUUGUUUAUGGGAGAAGAACAAGGCUGGAUAACGUGUACAUGGGUAGGUUGCACUAUUAUUAUACCUGCAAAGAACAGCAAUUACACUGAAAUCAUGCCUGUCAAAAUACUCUGACCAAAACAAGGUUUAUACUUGCAAGAUACUUGCAGUGCACAUUUAGACCUUUUGUUAUGAUAUUCAGGUAUGAGUUGUAUUAUCCAGAAUGCUAAGUAUGAUAGGGAGUUUUUGGGCUAAGGUGUGAUUUGAGGCACAUGCCUAAACUAAACUAAAUUAAAUGUAAAAAUUGGGUAUGGGACUUAAGGUCAACACACAUUAGGUUGACACACAUUAGGUCGACAGUAGAUAGGUCCACACUAUAAAUAGGUCGACGCGGCCAUUAGGUCGACAUCAACAAGGUCAACAUGCAAAAAUGUCGACGUGAGUUUUCUCCUUCCGGUGACCGGGAACCCCAAUUAGUGCACCGCAUCCCCUUGCAUGGCUCGCGUUGCUCACCAUGCUGCGGGCAAAGUGCCUCGCUCUGCUACCGCAGUGCUCGGCACAGGUUACCGUUCCCAAUCGUAGUCCACAAGGAUCGUAAAGUAUGAAAAAGCCCCCCCCAAAGUGAAAAACUCAUGUCUACCUAUUUCUAGUGUCGACCUAUCCGGUGUCGACCAAUGGGUGUCGACCUAAUUGGCGUCGACCUAGAGUCCAGAUACCGUAAAAAUGCCCUCUAUCUUCCACAAUACUGCCUCUGCCAUCACUUCAAUGAUGAUCAAUUUAGCAGUGCUUCUGACAUUAAUGUAGGAGUAAACUUUAAGUUACUAUCUAUGGGUAUGUGUAUCAUUACUGAAAUCCAGCAUUAUCACUUUAUUAUGUCUUUAUGGCUUUUGGAUGCUUUCUGAAUAAUGAAAUACUAUAUACCAUAACUAUUUUUAGUGGUGGGCACAGACUGCCCAUUGCUAUAAUUGCUGCAUCAGCUUAAUGCUAUUUUGAAAAAAUUAUGCUAUUUAAUACAAAAACUUUUGUUUAGUAAUUUCAUAUUAAUUUAACCACUAUGUUGAUACAUGUGUAAGCACAAAUCAUAAGCACCAAAAAGUAAUUUAAAAGUGUUAACUUUAAUGGCUAAAGAUAAAAAGUUGCAGUUCAGUACUUUUAAGUUAUGAGGCCAUAUUGCAAAGAAACAUAACUUAAUAAAAAAAAAAAACAACUUGCUAUAGCCAUUAAAGAUAUUAUUCAAAUUUAAAUAUGAAUUUAUAUUUUUUUCUGUGUGGUAUUCAUUACCAUGUGAUUUGAACUGGCUAGCAUGCAGUAUGUGUUUUUUACUGGUUACUGGUUUCUUGAAACAGGAAGUCCUUCUACCAGCAUUGCUGGUAUAUUGUAACACUCCUUCCUAGAACUUGUAUCACCAUACUAGUCCAUUACAGCUGCUUAAUAGACCAGGGUGGCACUAACCUGCUACAGUACCUUCAGCAAUUUAGGUGAGUACCGGUACCUUUCAUUAUAUUACUGGUACCUUUUUUCAUAGAACAUCACUGCUAACAUGGUACAACAUUUUGUUAAGUUACAGUUUAACAAAUAUAGAGAUACAGUUCAGUUAGCAGUGGUCAGCAUUGUUUUCACUGCACCCCUAGGAUAAAAGUUCUUUAUUGAUAAAUUGAAAAAAAUAUGUAAUUAAGUAGAUUGUGCCUACCUGUCAUCCUUAGGUUCAGUUAUGUGGUGGUGUACAAUUGUGCUUCUGAUUGUCCACAUGUUUUAUGAUCUGCAGCCACUAGCACUGGUUUUGCCUGUCACCUUGACCAUUAAUAAUUUGAUCUGGUCCUGGACCACCAACCCGAGGCACCCCUGCAAGAGCCUCGCAGCCCCGUGGUGCCUAGGCACACAGUUUGGGAACCAUUGAGUUAGUGCAAAUAUGAAUAAACACUGCAGUUAAUACAUAAUAAAAUCUGAAUAUAUGGAUCAACAAACAAGUUUAUAAACUAGUAGGUCUGCUAAAUACAUUGAAAAAUAAAUCAUUAAAUGUAUGUGUAAUUGUGCUAUAAAACAAACACAUUAGUUGAUCCUUUUCAUUUAGCAUACUAUUAUUACUUGGUUCCAUAGCUGACUAAAAAAUGAAUGCAUAUAAAUAGUUGUACCCACACUGUGACAGGAAAAUGCGAUGAAUAGUCUAUAUUGGCCAUUGCUGAUAUUGCUACACAAUAUGACAUAUGUUGUUCCCAGAAACCUUAAUAAGGCCGAAUGCAGUCAGAGUUAUGUAUUGCAUUACAGUGUUUCAGCUUUUUAUCCCCUGAUCUUAAAAACUCAGGUCAAUAACAUCUUAGUACUAAAGGGGGGUACUCACGGAGCGAUAUUCUAAGCAAUCUGACUAGAUUGCUUAGAAUUUGAGCAUUAUCGCUCCAUGUGUAGUCCCCUCAGCGAUAGCGAUGCGCAGCCCCAUGCGCUAGAGUGGCCUGCAUGCAGGCCAAUCUAGCGGGUCGCUCACUUCACCCGCUGGGUGAAAUGAGCGCCCCCCCGUCUCCCCCCGCACGCUCAGCACAGAUCGCGCUGUGCUGAGCGGCGGGAGAGAUGUGUGCUGAGCGAUUCGCUCAGCACACAUCUCUCCCACGUCGGCCCGUCUAUAUGGGCCUUAAGAGAAUAAAAGAUACAUAAUCUUGAGUGGUUAGGUAACUCACAUAUCAAAAGGCUAUAUUUUAUAAAAUGCCUUUUUGGACAUUUAAAAAAAAAUAGCACUUAUUCCAGAGAUUAAUAUUCCAUAUUUAUUUAUACGCGGCAGGGAUUUUGUUUUUCAGAGAAUGCUCAUUUGUUUUUGCACUUUCACUUUAGUAACAAUGGCAUGCUACAGUACCAUAAAGAAUUUAGUUCAGAAUGCUGAAAAUAUAGGUGGGUUAUAUGUACAGUAGUUGCUUCAGAGGGAUUAGUAUGAUUUACCAGUUGCGGGAUGCCGGCCGUCAAUAUACCGACAACACAAAAAAACGGAGUAAAGACUCUUCCAGCGCUU